AUGACUUUUGGCCUGUGGUUCCUCGUGAGGAGACAGGAAGACGAGGACCCUCACUUCACCCAUACUCACAAUGUGGCGUUUAUUCUCUUCUCUUGUCUCGUGCAGCAAGGUUCCUGGAUCCUGCCCACCACAGGCCGCGCCCAAGCUGUCCUGUGGAUGUUCUGGUUCACGUCUGUGGUUCUCUACGCGUCCUACACGGCCCGUCUGACGUCCUUCCUAACGGUGUCUUCUCUGAGACUCCCUUUCACCACCUUGGAAGAAGCUGUGCAUUCUCCGGAGUGGAAGAUCGGACUCCAAAAGGGGACUUCGGUUAUUGAGACUCUGAAGAGAGCCAGCCCAAAGAGCAGUUACCACUCCGUCUGGCAAGGAAUCGAGCGGGACAAGGACCUCCUUACAACGAACGAAGAAGCGGCCGUUGUACGCCUACUUACGGAGAAGAAAUUCGCUUUUCUCGGAGAACAGCUGACGAUGAGCUAUCUGAUCAACGGAAACUGUUCCAUAACCGAGGUGCGUCCGGUUAUGGGGGUGUUGUUGGUUUAG